UGGUAACUACAAAAACUUAAAGGAGUUAGAUUUGAGCAGCAAUCUAUUUAGUGGGAACAUUCCUCCAGAAAUUGGAGCACUAUCUUCUCUUAAGGUUUUUUCUGUGCAUGAUAACGAACUUAACGACUCUCUACCUAUCCCGGGUUUAUGUGCACUGAAGCAUCUUGAAGAAUUAGAUCUUAGUUGGAAUAGAUUUCAGGGGAGCCUUCCAACAUGCCUAAAAAAUUUGACAUCCCUUAAGAUUUUAGAUCUAUCUCAAAACCAAUUUACAGGGAGCAUUUCUUCUUCUUUAGUACCGGGCCUUGCAUAUCUUGAGUACAUAGAUCUAAGUCAUAAUUGUUUUGAGGGCUUGUUCUCAUUCAGCUCAUUCGCUAAUCACUCCAAGCUUGAGGUGGUUCAAUUUCUAAGUGAUAAUAGCAAAUUCGAGGUUGAAACUGAAGAUCCAGAUUGGUUUCCUUCUUUUCAGUUAAAGGUUCUUGUGCUAUCUAAUUGCAACCUGAAUAAGCUCACUGGUCAUGUGCCUACAUUCCUCUUGAACCAAUCCAACUUGCUCAUGGUUGACUUGUCUCACAAUAAUUUGGGAGGAAGCUUCCCUAGUUGGUUUCUUCAGAAUAAUAUUGGGCUGAAAGCUUUGUAUCUAACAAAUAAUUCUUUCACCGGUCAACUUCAGCUAUGGCAUGUUCAUCAUAUAAUUUACUUGGAUAUCUCAGGCAAUGACUUGAAUGGACGACUUCAAGAAAACAUUGGGAACCUUCUUCCACACAUAUUGCAUCUUAAUAUGUCCAACAAUGCUUUUGAAGGCAGUCUUCCAUCUUCAAUUGGUUACUUGAAUGAAUUGGAAGGAUUGGAUUUGUCCAAUAAUAAUUUUGUAGGAGAAGUCCCCAAGGAAUUGAUGGUAAAUUGCACCAGGAUCUAUGUUCUAAACUUAAGUAACAAUAAGUUCUACGGUGAGAUAUUUUCUUCUCACUUGAACUUAACUUCGAUAACAUCAUUACAUUUGAACAACAAUUUGUUCAGUGGAACUUUUUCAAAUGCAAUAUUACAAUGUCCAGAUAUAAAGUUAUUAGAUGUUGGCAACAAUUACAUGUCAGGAGAAAUUUCGAGAUGGAUGGAUAAUAUAACAAGCUUGGAUAUCUUUUUACUAAAUAAUAAUUUUUUUGAAGGUGAAAUUCCAUGCAAUAUGGGUAGAAAUAAAUUCAAAGGUACACUUCGACUAGUAGACCUAUCUCACAACUCUUUGUCAGGGUCUUUACCUUCAUGCUUAAGACUAGAAAUGGUAGAGCGUAUAAAUUUACAAGGAAACAAUCUCAGUGGACGAUUACCUAAAAGUCUUCUCAACUCAUCGACAUUGUUGAUGCUGAACAUUAGAGAUAAUGGCUUUAUUGGCAGCAUUCCUGACAUAAUUACAGUUCCGAACUUGCGGAUUAUGUUGUUUGGAAAAAAUUACUUGAGUGGUACAAUUCCUAAAGCUCUAUGCCAAUUAGAAAAGAUAAGCUUCAUGGACCUAUCCCACAACUUUUUAAGUGGGUCAAUUCCUCAUUGCUUCGACAAUAUCUCAUUCGGAAGUUUAGUAACUAAUGAUCAUAUCUUCAAAUUUCAAAGAGUUAUAACCAAUUUUUGGCAUUUUUCAUUUUACAAAUACAAAAGCCAAUUGUAUAAGGUACUUCACCAUCAAGUUCUUACCCCAUAUAGAUCAUAUAAUUUGCAAGAUGAAGUUGAGUUUAUUGCGAAAAAUAGGAACAAUUCCUACGAGGGAGACAUUCUCAAUUACAUGUCAGCAUUGGAUUUGUCCUACAACAACUUAACAGGUAACAUCCCAGGAGAACUAGGAAUGAUGUCUGGGAUUCAUGCACUGAAUUUGUCUCACAAUCAACUCACAGGCUCAAUUCCCAUAACAUUCUUAAACCUUAAGAAGAUAGAGAGUUUGGACCUUUCCCACAAUAACUUGAUUGGAAAAAUUCCUUCAGAGUUGAACAAACUUCACUUUUUGGGAGUAUUUAGCGUUGCGUAUAACAAUUUGUCGGGAAAAAUUCCUGAUGAUCGAGGACAAUUGGGGACAUUUGCAAAAAGCAGCUUCGAAGGUAAUAAAUUUUUAUGUGGGUAUCCAUUGGAGAAGUGCCAAGGGGAAGAUGAUUGGAAUAAGAAAACCAUACCCUUCAUCAGAUCAAAGUGAAGAAAAAUGGCUGGAGAUUGAUUGGCUGAUCUUUUUUGCUAGUUUUUCAAUGGCUUUUGUUAUAUUUUUCUUUGGAGUUGUUUCUGUUCUUCAUAUUAAUCUCU